AUGUCCAGCUUUCGAUUUCCGGGUCUGCUGCUGGGUCUCGUCAUCCUUGCCGCCUUGGCAAGCCCGGCCGCCGCCUUCGGUGCUGGAAAUAUCGCUUCCAUCUCAAAAGUCGAAGGGCAAAACUGGCGCCACGGUGACAUUGAAGAUGCUCUGCUCUCCAUUGCCAUGGCACAAGCCUUCAACGGCAAAAAGUUCAGCAAGCUUAUGGUCUCCCGUGUCUAUUUUGGUAACUGGCUUCGCGACUACUCUCAGGCCAUCGACGUCGGCACUGUCAAGGCUGUUUCCGCCGAGGCGAUCCGUUUACUCCUCUGCGUUCUUGGCUUCAUGACCUUUGGUUAUGGCUCCGGCGAGUUCGAAGUCACGACCGAUCGCGUUGGCUGCUACCGCCCCGAAGACCACAUUGAUAACCCCAAGGACUACGCCGAAAAUGUCGAUGCCCGCGAGUACUACGAUCGCCUCCGAGGUCCCGUCGACGAGGACGCUGAACUUUCCAUCGAUGAGCGCAACGGAAUGAAGAAAUACAUCGCUUCCGAAUCUGAUAACAUCAUGACCUCGGCCAAGCAUGUUCGUAAUCUUUUCACCCGCUGCAUCGAGCUUGGCCGUCGCUACAAACAGAAUAGUGACAAAGCCGAUCGCAACGAGGCUCUCCGCCUCAUGGGCACCGGCCUGCACUAUUUCUUUGCGCACAGCAACUACACCGAACUUGCCCUCAUCGAAAUGGGCGAGCGUGACAUCUUCCCUCACUGUGGAACUAACACCAAGAUCCAGCUCGAAGGUGCACAGGACUCCGUAUACCCUAUCGUGACAGGUACUUUCGGCGGUGUCGACUUUCUGCACUCUGUUACUGGCGAAGUGUCCGACAAGCUGACCCAAAACGAGAUUGAGGAGCUCGAAGGAGCACUGGAGCAACGUAAGCAGUCUGAUACCAGUUUCCUUCGCGAUCUCCUUGACAAGAUCCCCGACGGCAUCCUUGGUGGCGGCAAGGAGAAGCAGAAAAUCGACGAAAUUCAGGAGAAUGCCAAUGCGGCCCAGAUGCAAAACACCUCUGUCUCGCCAAAAGACCCCGAGGAGUUCACAGUCUACGUCAAAAAUAUUUUUGACCAAAUCAUGCCUGCCAUCAAGCUUCAUGAUGACAUUAUGAAGACCAUCGGUAAUGCCAUCGACAAGAUCCCCGUCCUACCCAAGAUCAUUGAGCAGCUGGAAGAGCAACUCACCCAGUUUGUCUUCUCCAUCAUGGCCCCAUUCAUUGUUCCUUUAAUUCGACAGAUUCGUAACGAACUCAAAACUGGUUCCGAGGAGAUUAUCACGAGCAGUCAGAACCAGCAGCAUGUUGUUUUCAAUGAUGACAAUAGCACCAACCCCACCCACUCCAUGCUUUCCAAGGAUCAUUUUUCCAACAUUCUGAACGAGGUUGCCGGUCGAGGUGCUGCCAAGACUGUCUCUUGGGCUGUUCCGCAGUUGAUGGAGGCCAUUGACGAUGAAAACGUCGACGUGAAUCGUCUAUGUGACCGCCUAAUUUAUGGUGUGCUUCACCACCCUGCCCAGAGAAGUAUGGGUGAUGAUGGUGUCAGCGAGGCACGCCAGAUGAUCUUCCAGGUCGUCGAGGAAUGGUGGGGUCAGAUGGGCGAUGACCAGCGCGACGACUAUCGCCAGAAGCUUUCCCGCGAGGGUGUGCAGAACGGAAAUAACCACAAGGAGGGCGUUUAUGACACUGGCCACGGCCACGGCUGUGUUGGAAAGCUUGAAAUGCGUAAGCUCUAUGGCGCGCCAGACACUCUGGAGACCAAGAUUGCCAGUGCUGCAGCCAAUGCCAUUUUCACAAGCGCCAGUGGUAUGGUUUCCGAUAUUGUGGAGCAGCAAACCGGUAUUCAAUUGCCUGGUAGGCAGGAGAAGGAGGAAUCCGGUGGCUUGAAAGGAUUCAUUAAAUCCAUCUUUAGCCCGGACGAGGAAGAGGGCAGCAGCGGCCGAACUGAAAAUCGGCCGGAUCAGAGCUCGGGUAACUUUGGUGGUAGAACCGGCGACGGUGGCCGACAGGACUACGGCAGUGGCAGUGGGGGUGGCUAUGGUCGACAGGACAGUGGCAGACAGGACAGUGGCCGUCGGCAGGAUUCCGACUCGUACGGAAGCUCCGGUCAAAGGAGAGAUGAUGACUAUGGUGGUGGAAGACAUGACAGCGGCAACCGCCGAGAGGGCAGCUAUGGUGGUAGAAACGACAGUAGCUACGGCGGUAGCAGCGGAAACGGCGGAUAUGGUCGACGCCAGGAGGACAGCUAUGGAGGUGGAAGCGACAGUGGCUACAGUGGCAGACAGGAGAAUAGCUACGGCGGCAGACAAGAGAGCAGUUAUGGCGGAAGAGAGGAAAGCUACGGCGGAAGACAGGAGAGCUAUGGUGGCAGACAUGAGAGCAGCUACGGCGGCAAAGACGAGAGCAGUUACGGUGGCCGGGAAGAAAGCUCCGGGGGACGGCAGGAGGCUAGCUAUGGCCGCAGCAGCGGACAUGGGUCGCGGCGCGAUGACGACUAUGGCGGUCGGGGCGAUGACAGCUACGGAGGCAGACACGAGGGGGGGCGUGGCGGCCGUGAUGAGUACGGUGGACGGGAUGAGUAUGGCGGACGGGACGAGUACGGCCAGGACGAUGAAUAUGGUGGUCGGCGGGAGCACGGGGGAUCUGGUCGACGCCGACGAGACGACGACGGAUAUGACAAUGACCGAUACUAA